AUGAAGUGGCUGAUCCUGGUACUGGCUUUUCUCCACCUGUCAGAGGGCAUGGAGAGAGUCAUUCUGAAGAAAGGGAAAUCCAUUCGGGAGAACAUGAAGGAGAAAGGAGUGCUGGAGGAAUUUCUGAAGAAACACCAUGCUGAUCCUGCAUUGAAAUACCACUGGAAUGAAUACAACAUUGCUUACGAACCAAUAACCAACAACUUGAAUUCUUUCUACUUUGGAGAGAUCAGUAUUGGAACUCCACCCCAGAACUUCCUGGUUCUCAUGGACACAGGUUCUUCCAAUCUCUGGGUACCUUCUGUGUAUUGUAAUACUGCAGCCUGUGGGAACCACCAUAGGUUCAACCCCAGUGCAUCUUCCACUUACUCCAACAAUGGACAGACCUAUACCCUAUCCUAUGGGAGUGGUAGCUUAACUGUCAUGCUAGGCUAUGAUACAGUGCAGGUCCAGAACAUUGUUGUUCAAAACCAGGAGUUUGGCUUGAGUCAAAAUGAGCCUUCCAGUCCUUUCUACUAUGCCAGUUUUGAUGGGAUUUUAGGCAUGGGCUAUCCUGGCUUAGCUGUAGCAGGUCCCACCAUUAUGCAGCAGAUGCUAAGACAAGGGCAGCUUUCUGAACCCAUCUUCAGCUUCUAUUUCUCCCGCCAACCAACUGCUCAGUAUGGAGGGGAAAUGGUUUUGGGAGGUGUAGACAAUCGGUUGUACUCUGGGCAAAUCACUUGGACGCCUGUCACCCGUGAAUAUUACUGGCAGAUUGGUAUUCAGGAGUUUGCUAUUGGCAGCCAGGCUACUGGCUGGUGCAGCCAAGGCUGCCAGGCAAUCGUGGACACUGGAACAUAUCUACUUGCUGUCCCUCAGCAGUACAUGGGGAAUUUCUUGCAAGCUGUAGGUGGUCAAGAAUACAAUGGUGAGUUUGUGGUGAACUGCAACUAUGUCCAGAACAUGCCCACCAUCACCUUUAUCAUCAACGGAUCCCAGUUUCCACUGCCUCCAUCUGCCUAUGUCACCAAUAAUAAUGGAUAUUGUACAAUUGAGAUUGAGGCUACAUACUUGCCUUCUCCAACUGGGGAGCCACUGUGGAUCUUGGGUGAUGUCUUCCUUAAGGAGUAUUAUUCUGUCUUUGAUAUGGCCAACAACAGGGUGGGCUUUGCACCUUCAGCCUAG